AUGUCUACACCAGCCAACAAGGAGAACCUAGGUCUUGACCCGGUUGCUCAAUUGUCCCAAGCUGCUGAUGUUGCCGCCACUCCUGCCGUCACCACUCCUGCUACUGCAACCCCUGCUACCGCAACGGUUGACAAUAAGCAUGUUGACGUGAAGACGGAUAAAGAGGAGGUUUGGGCUGAAGUCUCUGCUGAGCCAAAUCCAAUCCCUUACGAUGAGAAGACGAUCAAGAAGACGAUACGACGAAUCGACUUCCUCAUCGUCCCAGUCCUCACCGUCUUUCUAGCUUUCUGCUUCAUUGAUCGUGCAAACAUGGGCUUGGCCGCUGUUGCCGGUAUGAAUGCUGAGCUUGGUUUGGUUGGCUAUCAAUAUUCGAUUACUUUGCUCCUCUUCUUCCCUGGCUACGUCCUAUUCGCCCUCCCGAGUAACUAUUUCCUAUCCAAGGUAUCCGUUCGUGUGUGGCUCUGCACACUCGGCUUCGGAUUCGGGCUCUUUACCUUGGUCAUGGGUGUAGUACAGAACUUCGCCGGACUUGCAGCCAUGCGCCUCUUUCUCGGCGUCUUUGAAGCAGGUGUCUUGCCUGCCAUCAUCGUCAUUCUCGGCUCUUGGUACCCGAGAUACAGACUGGGGAAACGUGUCACUGUCGUCUUCUGUGGCGCUAAUCUAGCCGCUGCCUUUGCUGGAAUCUUAGCCUGGGCCUUCUCACGCAUCAAUACUGCAAACUAUAGGGGGUGGCGCUGGAUCUUUCUCCUCGAGGGUCUCAUCACUAUCGUGGUGGUGAUUGGCUUGUAUUUCAUCGUCGAUGAAUACCCACGAAACUCUCGAUUACUCAACCAGGAGCAACGAGACGUCGCUGUUGCCCUCAUCAGCGCGGAUCGCCAGGAGAAUAGCGAAGAAGAGAUGACCGUUAGAGCAGUUCUAUCCCAUGCCACCGACUUCAAGUACUGGUGCUUUGGGUUGAUCUACAUGGUAUCAGCGUCGGCGAUUUACAGUAUGGCCUACUUCAUGCCACUAAUCCUGAACGCUCAAAUGGGCUUCACAGGAGCCAUGAGUCAGAUUCUGAGUACACCACCUACCGUCUGGGCCUUUUUCGUGGCCACUGGGCUGACAGCAGUUUCCGAUCGCUAUAAGCGCCGGGCGCCGUUCCUCGUCUUUUUCGCCUGCAAUGUUAUUGUCGGCGUCUCCAUGACCCGCUGGGGACCUAAUACAGCCACGCAGUACGCCGGUACCUUCCUUACCAUGGGCGGGUUGAACGGAGGACUAUCUAUUGCACUCAGCUUUGCACAGAACAAUGCCCCGACUCGAGUCAAGCGAAGCGUUGCAUCAGGCAUCCAGCUCUCGCUUGGUGCUUGCGGUGGCAUUAUAGGCUCCACCAUUUUCCGGUCACAGGAUGCUCCGACCUACACCCCUGGUGUCAUUGCUACUAUUGGUAUGAUGGGCUUCCAGAUCGUGCUCACUAUUUGCCUUACACUGUACAUGGCACAUCAGAACAAGCUACAAAGGGGAGGAAAGGUGCUCGAGGGCCAGCAAGGCUUCCAGUAUACAUUGUAG